AUGGCUAACUUAAGGCCGGCGCCUGCGAAAUGGAGUUCCAAGUCAAUCCAGGUGUGGUGCCCGCGAAAUGGGCCUGACAGCAACAGGGGCCACCUCUUGAGCGGCGCCCACAAAAUGGUAGCGCAGCCAUUUAGUGGCUGGCGUCCACGAAAUGACGAUAUCAGGGGAGGCGGCCACGAAUUGGUUCCAACACAGAGCAUAGGAAGCAUUUAUUCGUUGGAGCUUUGUCUGAAUCUUCAAGAUAUUGGUGGAAGCUCAUCCAGUUCCAAUAAUGUGGAGGGUAAUGCAGAUAUUCGUGAAGCACGCCCCUCCCCUUCCACCCUUGUUGGGUUCGAUAGGUAUCCUACUUCUGGUAUUGCAGAAACGUCUGACGAAGAUGAGAUUGAAGAUUUCAGCGGUGAUGAGGCAGAAGCCGUUCCGGAAACCCAGCCUCUUUAUGGCAAUUUUGUUCCUCCAACUCAUGUCGCAUCGGGAGGUGGUGGUGUAUCCUGUAGAACACCAGCACACUACCUGUCUUUAAAUCUUGAAGCAAUGCAUUCGAGUACCGCAGAAGACAGACCGAGCAGCUACGCUUUGUCAGGCGAGAUGGAGCUCGAGAUUUGGUUGAAGUUUCUCAACAGGGAAACAACAAUACUGGCAGUCAAAAACUACAACAUUCGUAGGAGUGCAGAAUACAAGGUAGUAGAGUCAGACCAAAGUAGGUAUGUGUGUCAAUGCAAGCAGUUUGGGGAUCAAUGUCGUUGGAUGGUACGGGUCGCAAAGACAAGGUCUUCUAGAUUUUGGGAAAUUCGAAAAUACCAAGGGCCUCAUAGUUGCUUGGCAAGUUCGAUGUCUCAAGAUCACGCUCAACUUGAUAGCAAUGUCAUCUGCCAACAUAUAUUCCCCAUGGUGCUUGCUGAUGCGACGAUUUGUGUAAAGGUGUUGCAAGGAGCGGUAGAGUCAGCAUAUGGGUACAAGGUGUCGUACAAAAAGGUUUGGCACGCGAAGCAGAAGGCAAUCGCCAGAAUCUAUGGUGAUUGGGACGAUUCGUAUGACCAGUUGCGUAGAUACUUCAAUGCGCUGCAAGCUUUUGUCCCAGGGACAAUUGUUGACCUCCAAAUGCGGCCGUACUAUGUCGGGAACACUCUAGACCGUGAUAGUGUCAUGUUUCAUCAGGUUUUCUGGUCGUUCCCGUCAUGUGUUGAGGCUUUCAAGCACUGUAAGCCCCUGGUCUCAGUGGACGGAACACACCUGUAUGGUAAGUACGCGGGCACCCUUCUCAUGGGCAUAGCACAGGACGGAAAUAACAACAUUCUACCCGUCGCUUUCGCAAUUGUGGAAAGAGAGAAUACAGAUUCAUGGUAUUUCUUCCUUACCAAUCUGAGGAGGCAUGUAGCGACUCAGCCAGGAGUUUUGCUUAUCUCUGACAGGCAUGCAGCAAUAAAGGCUGCAUUGGAGCGGGAUGGGUGUGGAUGGGAACACAAUGUUUACUGUGUACAACAUAUUGCCUCCAACUUUGCAACCAGUUUCAAGAGUAAGGAAGCCAAAAGACACCUGGUUAAUGCCGCGUAUUCGAAGACGCAAGAGCAGGCGCAGUACUAUCUGGAAUUAAUCAGUAGCGAGGAUCCCAUAACAUCUCCGCAGAUGAUGGCCUGGAUCCGAGGGUUAGAGCCACCUAAAUGGCUACAGCACCGUGAUGAUGGGCGACGAUAUGGUCACAUGACGACCAAUCUUUCUAAGUGUAUCAACUCCGUCCUCAAGGGCACUAGAAAUCUACCAGUCUGUGCAAUUGUCAAGUCUACCUACCAUCGCCUGAAUGAGUUAUUCGUCAUCAAGGGUCGACAAGCACAAGCGCAGAUUGCAUGCGGUCAGGUGUUCUCGCAGUUCCUGCAAAAAGUGAUAUUAGCGAACCGUGAGGGAAUUUCUCAGAUGCUAGUGACGUCGUACGACAGAGCUACUUCCAUAUUCAUAGUCGAUGAGAUAGCAGAUGUAGGGGUGCAGUCUCGAUUUUGGGUUUACCUUGAGCGUCGCAGGUGUGACUGUGGUUACUUCCAGGCGUUACACUACCCCUGUGCUCAUGCUCUGGCCGCUUGCGCAUAUGCGAGACUGGAGUGGCAACAAUAUGUCGAGGUGGUUUACCGGGUUGAGAACGUAUUUCGGGUCUACGAAAUGGAAUUCCAGCCAAUGCCGAACGAGGAGAUGUGGCCCCCGUAUGAAGGACAACGUGUUCGUCCCAACCCCCUCUUACGGCGUACAAUGGAAUGA